GAAAGCAGGAGUGGAUAUGGAAGGCUUGGAUUGCUCUCGGAGGAACUUUGGAAGGGUCAAAUGUUCUGCAGGUUCAGCACGCGCUGCGCCCUGCCUGCGCCCUGCCUGGUUUUUUGUCCUUUCCUUUUUAGGGUAGGAAAACAAAUUUCUGGGGCAGGAGAAGAAGAAAUGCAGCAGUCUUCUCUGCACGGCUCAUUUUGCGUGAGUUGCCAGGUGCUCCUGUGGUAAUGGGUGCUGAUGAGCCAGCCUUGGUGGCAGGGCUGUGGCUUCAUUUUAUGUCAGAAUUUGAGGCCUACGAUUUUCCCACUGUGAGUGCCUGUUUUAAAUGAUAAAAAGCGAUAUGAAAAUUAGUUUCCCUCCUUGUAUCAGAAUCACGUAUUGACUUUUGAUAUUUGUCUUUCUAUUCCUUUAGCAAGUGGGGUGUUGAUGCUGCUGCACGUAUCUCCCAUUUUGCCCUUCUGCUUUGUGUAAAAGAGUAGCAAAGCAUGCCAUCUGUGUGUGCAAUUUCCUUGAAGUAUUUUACUUCAAGGUUCCCUAAACUUUGGAUGUGGGAGGUGACCACUCCUUUGUCUAUGAUGAAAGCCCAGCGGUGAUGCAGGCACUUGCUGAGGUCACAGUGGUUGCCGGGCUGGGAGCGUUUGUGCCCCAGCUGGGAGCAGAGCUGGUGCUGUAGUGAGCGUGGUGCACACUGAGACCGAGCUCUGUGCUUUCCUUGAGAGAUCUUCCUGUGAGAGCCCACUGGAAGCAGCGCUGCGGCGUGUGUGAGAGCUGGGCCCAGCUGCGGCUGAGCAGUGGCCAGGUGAGCUGGGGUUGGUGCUGGGUGUCUCAGCAGGAAAGCUGGGCUGGGGUGGGCACGCUGCGUCAGCCCUUGUCCAGGCUGGCGGUGAGACAAAAGUUUUCUUCACGACAGCAACACCAGCCGUGUGCUUCAAGGUGCAAAACUAUGGAGGAGAUGGAGAAGAACGCUUGCUGUCAGAACUCAUGGCAGCUGUACGGGAGCUGGAUGUAUUUUGGAGACAGUUGUCAUUAGCAGUUGGUUUUGAGUAUUGCCCUGCCCGAUAGCUUAAACUGCAGAGCAGAAGAAAGCUGGGAAAAUGCUUUUUCCUAUUUUUCCCCUGCAGGUUCUUUCUUCAGGGUUGGUUUCCAAAAGGAGAUUUUGGGGACUGAGGCAGUUGAAGAGUGAAGCCAGCUCUUUCCAACAGCAGGGGGUCAGUCCCUGUGGAGAGGAGCCCAGGAACGUGAGCUUCCUCUGAGACAUUCCCCAGCAUGUCCCAGCAGGGACACAGACGCGGUUGCCAUUCCUGCUUUGCGCGUGGAAAGAAGCAGCGCCGUGCUGUUCCCCAUGCUAGGGAGCAGCAGCCAGCAGGCUGCCCCAGUGCCAGCUGGGCCUUGCAGCGCGCAGAGGGACGCGAUGGGGAUGGAGCAUCCUUAGCACCAUGCAAAAGGAUGGAGCCUGCGCGUCCAUGGAAUGGUGCUGGGCAUGGGGGGAAACGGAAAGCCUCCCCAGGAGCUGAUGACAACAGGCUUGCAGGGAGGCAGGGGAGGAGCAAGGAGAGUGGCACAGCACCCAAGAGAGGGAGAGGUGCUGAGCCAAAUGGCGAAAUCUCCAUGAAAACUCCUCUCCAGGCUGGAGGGCUUCCUGAAGCAGCAGGUCCCAGCAGAGGGGGAACAGCUGCUCCUGCACUUGCCAACUGCUCCCUCUCCAAGAUCAUGGUCGCAAGAAAGCGCAAGGCAGUGGAAGAGGGGGAGCAGAAGGCAGAGCUGGGUCCUGCCAACAAACAAGUGAAAGUGGAGCACAAUGGGGAGAAGGCUCAGAGCCCUCAUCAGAGCAGAGGUGCUGUGCCAGCUCCAUCAGCACAGCCUGGGCCUGCCCCAGUGCCGACCGAGCGGUUCCGGACCUCAAAGCGAAGAGAAAGACGACGACGACAGAAAGAGAGGAGAGCAGAAAUGAAGAAGGCUGCUCUCAGAGCUGCUGCUGCACAUGCAGAGUUCUCCACCAUAAACAGCCUUGUGGAGAUGAUGGAGAAGCUGCAGCUGAAGGACUGAGCGGAGGAGCAUCAGCAGGCAGCGGCUUUGUGGCAGCAGCCCAACUCUCACUCUGGAUUCAAUCCAUCAAUAAACAAUUGGAGUUUUGCAUUCACAAGGAGCGCAUGGCCUGAUUUGUCCAGCAGCACCCAGUGAGCCACUGCUCCACCUCCUCGUUAUCCCACCACCUCCUCGUUAUUCCAGUGGCGGCGCUGGGUCAGAACUCCCACAGCUCCAUCAUGGAAUGCUGCAGGGUACAGAAGCAAUGGACGCACCAAUCCUGGCCCUGCCCACACUGUCUGAGCAGUUAGAGAGCAGCUCCAUAGAGCCGUCUGACUUUCUCGGGGCAGCACUGAGCAAAGUGAGCGUGUGCCCCUCAGCCUGCAGGCGUCUCUGCUGGGGGAAGGGAGGCUCCGCUGGCCGCCUGAUCCCGGAAGGCAGAGGUGUUCUCCUGACUUCUCUGCAGUGCUGCCUUCCUUCAUCGUUCCCCCUUCCUUCAGAUAUUUUGAUGCUGCUUUUCACCCUUUUGGGCGGAGCUUGAGUGACUCUCAUCAUUGCAUAGCUUUGUACUGAGCGGUGUGGAAUUUUCUGGCUUUGUUUCUAAAAGCCUAGGCUGAAAACCGCAGCGUGCGUGUUAAAUGGGAGUCCUAGCACUGUGGAAGUGGAUAACUUUUGGGAUGGAGCUGCUUUUGGUUUUCUAAUGAGUGUAUAAUGAGCAAAGUUUGCCAACAGGAUCGUGUUUUCUCAACGUAUGACUAGGAGCGAUAUGCAGAGGAAGAUGGCAGUUGGCAGAUGGUGCCUGGCAAGAGCUGUUGUUUGUGUCCUGCAGCCGGGAAUGCUCCACGCCGAGGGGUGCGGGCUGUGAGAGGAACAUGUCUGUGGAAGCAUGGCCGUUCCUCCCGUCUGAUGGGGCAGAAGGCAGGGACAGGAGAGGAAAGCUGAACAGAUCUGCAUUUUCGUCACGGCUCUUACUGUGUGGGAAAUGAGCUGUGCCACUGUGCUUCUUUGUGCUGGCUAGUUCUGGAGCUGUGCCUUCAACUUGAUGCUCAGCUGUUCCUGUGUGUAAUGCUCCACACUCGGACCCUGCAGAGCCCAGAGGCCUCCUUGACUGCUGUCACUCACCUGGAGCUUGCAGGGUGCUGUGCGUGCUGUAUGGAGCUGCUUCCAGCUGUCAUUUGCAAGACCCUGUAAGUGCACUGGGUUCAAACAGCAGUCAGAUAACACAGAUGAGAAAGAAGCACGAAAACUUGUAUUAUUUUGUUUUUUUACAUCACAGGCUUUGAUCUCCAACCAAGCCUGUUGUGCUGUGGAGAGCAGUGGAAGCUGUUGAGUUGCAUGACCAAGGGGUGCAGCCUGGUUCCCCCCUCCCUAAGGGGGAGGCUCAUUGAAGGGCUGGCUGCCUGCAGGGAAGGAGCUCUGCUUUUUUGUGUGCCCUGUUCCUCAGAAUGGGGUAAGCAGUUCUGUGGAGAUUUACUAGGUUGAGUCCUUUGUGUUUCUCAGGUAACUUAAAGCUGUGUCUGCUCUUGCCUCUGUUUGCAGUUGCCACGCCUCUGGCCUUGGCCCCCACAGAAGCCCCUCCUGGUUGUCAGUGGCAGCUGUUACCUGUGCAGUGCCAGCAGUGUGUAGAAAUGGCAGCACUUGGGAGGAUGACACAGUUUGCCUGAUGUUAUGCUUUAUGGAUGCGGUCAGGUGAGAAAGCGCUGUGCUUCGUGGCACAAAUUCCUUGGCCAAAGGACGCUUUGGAGCAGAGGUUUGCUGUCAGGAGGCCUGAAAGCAUCGAAGGAAAUGCUGCUGUGCACUGGGCCCAGAGACAUCAGCUCCCAGCACGUCAGUGAGUGCGGACGCCUGCAGCCUCUGUGUCUGUCGGGGAUUGCUCCAAGGGCUCUGUAGGCAGCUGUCCGUGGCUGUUUUGCUUUGUUAGGGCAUGGGCACAGAUGACAACACACUGAUGGUGUCCUGCUCGGAAAUGGAUGCGCUGGAUGGCAGAGGAGGAUUCUGAGCCAAGUAUGGGAUCAUCUUUGUUCCUUCGUGAAGCUGCUCUGCACCAUACAGGCUCGUCUCGUCCUCUCCUUGAUCCCCUGAGACGAGCACUGAGUCAGCCUCGGGAGCGCAGGUGAAGGCACCUCAGCUGUGUGAGCAGAAGGGCUGCAGCCUGGCUGCGCCUCUCCUGGGCCCCACUGAAGGACCGACUGCCUCUGGGGAAGGAUCUCUCUCUGGACGUUGCCCCUCUUGGAGUCUUUUCCCGCGAGCCCAGGUCACAGGUAAGCUCUCAGUUCAUUUCUGAUUAUCCCUGUCUAAUGCGACGAUCUUUCCAGCCUGACCUCUCUGUAUCCUUACUGAUUGACAUCUGGGAUCUGGUUGUUUAUGCACUUGGCGAGCCAGGCAGGCCAAAGGUACUGCCAGGAAAGAGAGCAGGGUGGCCGUGGUGGGCGACUCCCUUCUCGGAGGAAUACAGGGCCCCAUCUGCAGACUGGACCCGAACCACUGGGAAGUGUGCUGCCUUCCUGGGUCAGGGACAUAGCCAGGAAACUCCCCAGGCGGGUUAGGUCCACUGGUUCUUUUCCUUUACUCGUAGUUCAGCUUAGCAGUGAGGACCAGAGGGAAUGGCUUCAAGCUACGGCAGGGAAGAUUCAGGCUGGAUAUCAGGAAGUAUUAGCGUUCAGAAAGGGUGGUCAGGCACUGGAAUGGAUGCCCAGGGAGGUGGUGGAGUCACCGAGCCUGGGGGUGUUCAAGGAAAGGCUGGAUGUUGUGUUGAGGGACAUGGUUUAGUGGGAGCUGUUGGUAAGAGGUGAACGGUUGGACUGGGUGAUCUUUUAUGUCUUUUCCAACCUUGGUGAUUCUAUGAUUCUAUUUCCUAAGCUGUAGGGCUAUCAGCUCGCAUAGAAAACGAGGAAGAGCCCUGGGAGUCCUUGCCCCGAACCUUGCACCCUAUUGAAGGGCAGGGGCACUCUUCUCCAAGCAGCCUGAUGAGGUGAGUAAGGGACGGCCGGGCGCUGGAGGGCGGUGGCUGCACCAGUGCUCAGGAUUCAGGAAACCACUCCAGUUAUGCUAGCCCAAAGAAUGACAGUUUGAAUAUCCCAUGCUGUGUCUGCUGUACUGGAGGUAAAGGGAGGGCAUUGGCUCUCACCCCAAAGGUUCCUGCAAUCCCAGAACAUCCUGGUGGAGCAGGAUGAUGUAGAAAUAAUUGUAACUGAUGUUGUCAACCCAGUGUUCUUCCUUAGCGGAGCUCCUGGACAAGCAGUAUUUCACGACUGCUAUGAAAGAACUGAAGCUGCACCUUCCAGCCGGUCAGACCUGUAGGACAAACCUUCAGAAGAUGCAGAAGACACCUGGUCUGCCAACGACAGCAGUAAGGCAGGAUGUGCAAUAGCUGCAACUGACGAGGUAAUCGAAGCACAACCAUUACCUGAGGGGACUUCCCCUCAAAAGGCUGAAAUAACUGCCAGGACAAGAGUCUCAAUUACAUGGACAGGUGCUAAUUACAUAUUUGGGAUGCUACACACUUGUAGUACUAUCUGAAAAGAGCGAGGAUUGCACACACAGGCAAAACAGCAUGAUGUAAAUCUGCCAAGGAGCGUGCUGUUACACCUUGUGAAGGACAGCAGAAGGGUCCCACUGUACAGGAAACGGGAAAUCAGAGGAUGGGUCGGGCGGCAGGACAGGCAAUUGAAUUGUGUGACUGUGCCAAAAUCUUCCUCCAAAGAGUUGCUCUUCAAGUGCUUCUUGCUUUCUCCCUGCCACAAGCUGACACCAGCAGCCAUCCAGUGCAGCGCGGCCAUGCAGAAAGGCUGGGGAAGGAGACAGAGCUUGAGAAGGCACCGAGGACACGUACAGGUACACAACAAGCAUCUGGACUUGAUGCACUGUCUUUCUGCCCAGGCUUUCUGUUUGUUGGCUCCUGGGGCAGUUCUGUGCAGUUGACAUCCCAGCUUUCUCCCAAGCUCUGGCUGCACAGAAGUGCAAGCAAUCAGAGGAAGAGAAGGAAAAAGCAGAGGAGUGGCCUUCUGAGAAAAGAGCUGAGGGGGAGCUUGAGGCAGUGUUUUGGAGAAGUAGUGCUUUGACUUAGGGUUGUUCUGUGUCUGAGUUUUCCUUGCGCUGGGUUAUCACUGAGUGUAGCUGUUUGUUUUCUUGGAUCCUGUGUGUGCGUUGUUGGUAGACAGAUUAGUGUGUGGAAAAGACAGCUGAGAAUCCAGGGCAUGGCAAUGUACUUCUGCUGGGCAGAUGUACUGAACUGCUGGAAGGCUUGUGGGAAUGAGAAGAGAAGCUGGAUUUCUGUUGGACAGCCCGACUGCAUCAGUUCUGCCUCCUUUCAGUGAGCUGAAGGCAGUGUGUGUGGAGCCUUCUGAUGGGAAACCCACGGUCCCCACAGGGUGGGUGCGGAAAAGAAAUGGAGCUGAGAUGCAUCUAUGUGCUGUGAGUGCUAUUGCUGAGGACAGGGAGGAGCCGCAGCUGAUAAAAGGGCUUUGGUAAGAACAGUGGUGAAAGCAGGAGUGGAUAUGGAAGGUUUGGAUUGCUCUCGGAGGAACGGUGGAAGGGUCAAAUGUUCUGCAGGUUCAGCACGCGCUGCGCCCUGCCUGCGCCCUGCCUGCGCCCUGCC